AUGCCGACCACGCCACUCAGACGCUUGAGAGAGUACAACAGAACAAGUCUUACCUACAUCGCUCCUAGGAGGAAAGUAGUCCCUAGGCGGGCGGGCGUGGCUACCACGACAUUUUCCAAAUUCAAUUUAUUCUGCUUUUCUCUUCUUUCUCUUUCUCUCUUUUGGAUCUCUCUUAUUUUUAUUCUCUUCUCUUUUUUCCAAAUUCCUCUCUCUGGUUAUUCUUCUUCUCUGUCUUCUUCUUCCUGCUCUCCUCAUUCAUCUCCCCACCCUCUCUCCCCGCAGACAGAGAUGGCUCUGAUGUACGACGCGGUACACCUCUUCGCGAAGGCUCUGGGAGAUCUGGACAGAUCUCGCCCGAUUGAAGUGGCUCGGCUCGACUGCGAAGGAGACGAUACCUGGAUUUAUGGAAAUUCUCUCGUUAAUUACAUGAAAUGGGUCCAGGUCAGGGGUCUGACGGGGCUCAUCAAAUUCGACGCCAAAGGAUUCCGCCGUGACGUCACAUUGGACAUUGUCGAACUGACGAAAACUGGACUCGUCAAAGUUGGCAGGUGGAACCCAACAAGUGGCGCCAACUACACCAAAUCCUACAGAGAGGUAGAACAGGACAUUGUGGAGGAAUUACGGAGGAAGAACCUGGUCAUUUCAUCCGUGUUGGAACCCCCCUACGUCAUGCUACAGGAGAACUCAGACGGGGGAACAGACAGCAGCCAGCAACGCCUCGAGGGUUUCUGCAUUGACCUCGUAAGGGAGAUUUCGCAAAUGCUCCUCUUCAACUACACCGUGAAAUUGGCAGAUGACGGAACCUACGGAAUGUUCGACGCUGACUCCGGGAAAUGGAACGGAAUGAUUCGGGAGUUGCUGGAACAGAAAGCAGACCUCGCUAUCGGCGAUUUAACCAUCACUCACGAAAGGGAGCAAGUCGUCGACUUCACCGUUCCUUGGAUGAACUUAGGUGUCAGCAUUCUGUACAGGAAAUCGUCCAAAAAGACGUCAUUCUUCUUCAGGUUCCUGUCACCCGUCUCAGCUGACGUUUGGCUCUCUGUGGCCUCUGCCUAUCUGGUGGUGUCGGUAAUGCUCUUCACCAUUGCGAGAUUUUCGCCCUACGAGUGGACCGAAUCACAUCAGUGCGAUACGACAGAAGGAAGAAUAAACGAGUUCUCGCUCCUUGGCUCUUUUUGGUUCUGUUUUGGCUCCCUUGUCCAACAAGGAGGAAAUGCAUUGCCUAGGGCCAUAUCUACCAGGAUCAUCGCGGGUGUCUGGUGGUUCUUCACCCUCAUCAUGAUCUCCUCCUACACCGCCAACUUAACAGCUUUCUUGAUGGCUGAACGCCUCGAAACAUUGGUGGAAUCAGUUGACGAUUUGGCCAAGAGCCAAAUCCAGUACGGUACCUUAAACGGAGGAUCUACCUGGAACUUCUUCAGGACGUCCAAACUGGCCAUAUACCAGAAGAUGUUCAAUUUCAUGGAGUCCCAGACCCCUACGGUGUACUCGACCUCCAACGAAGAAGGGGUGAGCAAAGUGCUGAAGGGAGACGGUCAGUAUGCCUACAUCAUGGAGUCUCCGAGCAUCGAGUUCGCAACCGAGAGGCACUGCGACCUCAUUCAAGUGGGAGGACUUCUGAAUUCGAGGAGUUACGGCAUUGCCUUGCCUCCAGGCUCGCCUUACAGAACACUUAUUAACUCGGCCCUGGGGAAGCUACAGGAGACAGGACGGCUAACCGACCUGAAACACAAGUGGUGGAAGGUGGAAAGAGGCGGUGGUGCUUGCCAGACGAAAGAUGACCAUUACUUCGAAAAUUGCUGCCACGGUGAUAAAGUUCCAGCUAAUGUUCCAGAAAGAAUGCUCGGACUUCCAUGCGAAAGAAUGCUGGAACAUCCGCUGAUCAAAAGCUUCUAA